AAGCUCCGUAGCUUCUGACGUCAUUAUAGUUAGCAGUAAGCCCACGUAAGCCGUAAGCCGCGUUGGCGACUUUUGGCCUGCAGCUGCAGUGCAGCAGGUUUCCGAAUACAUAUAGCGAUUUGAAAAAAAUAUUGCAUGUAAGGAAAAAGUGGUGCGAAAUGUCGCUAAUUCGAACCCUUUGGCGAUGCACAUUUAGUCCUCGAUUGUAUAAAAUUUACGAAGUUACAUGGCUCAGUAACCUUGCCGAUAAACCGUACGAGCCAAGGAGUUUGGAACGAUGGGGCGAUCAAGUUAUUACUUCUUUUGUCGCGAUGUGGUCCCUGGGGCUCUAUACAUUUCCUUUAGUGGCAAUGCUAAUGUACCGACGCAUUACUCCACUUGUGGAUAUUUAUUCCCUGUCAAAAUUCAUGGCAGGUGCAGGAAUAAUCCUCGUUACUUCGCUGGUCGCUCGAGGUUAUUCCAGAGCUAGCAACCCGAUUUACGCAAAAUUUAUAAAGACUCUGGAAGAAGCUAAAAUAAGAGAUCACUCAGAAGCGAGAAAGGAACUGAAUAAAUACGAUUUCGAAUUUUGGGCAUGGCCCGUGGAUUUUCAAGUUCCAAAAACAGACGGAGGGGUGCGGGUACAAAAGCAGACCUUGGAGAAAUUAUUCAGUUCCCAAAGUAGUAGUAGGAGGCAAACCAGCAGAGAAUAUUUUGCCACUUUGCCUUGUAAAGUAAUAUCCUACAUCACUGCUCACACUGUAGCUGUGAAACUAAUGUAUCCAGGAAGCGUAACUUUCCUCAACUGGGUUUUGAGAACAACACAGAUGCAAGGUAGAAGCGACCUGAUAAAGAAAGGAGCAGAGCGAUAUAAAAUCGGGACAUCGGAUGGAAAUUACCUAGACACCAUUUUUAUCAGUCGCAAAAGCAAUCGAUUUCCUCGUGGAGAGUUUUUGGUUAUAACGAGUGAAGGAAAUUGUGGUUUCUACGAAACGGGAGUAAUUGGGACUCCAAUAUCUUGUGGCUAUUCCGUUUUGGGAUGGAAUCAUCCGGGAUUUGCUUGCAGCACUGGGGCUCCGUAUCCAGAUCAAGAAGAAAACGCAAUUGAUAGCGUAGUGCGUUUUGCAAUCGAUCAUCUUGGAUUCCCAGAAGAGAAAAUUAUUCUCCAUGGAUGGAGCAUAGGAGGAUACACGGCCACUUGGGCUGCUAUGAACUUUCCGAAAAUAAAAAGCCUGAUAUUAGAUGCAACUUUCGACGACGUUUUACCUCUCGCAACUUCAAAAAUGCCACCAGCGAUAGAAAAUAUUGUCCGUAGUACGAUACGCCAGUACCUUAACUUAAAUAUAGCUGAACAAUUAAAUAGAUAUAAUGGAACUGUAUUGCUUGUGAGGCGAACAGAAGACGAAAUGGUGUGUGCACCUUCCCCAACUCUCUCCGGAAAUCGAGGAAAUGUUUUACUAGCUAAAUUGCUCGCAAGACGUUAUCCACAAAUUUUUUCCGAGGAUUCCGAUACCGGUCCUCUUUUAACAAACUUUUUAAAUGCACAGAGUCUUAAUGCACGCAAGAUAAUAAUGGAUGCAAUUGGAGUGAAUGAAGCACGAUGUGUGGAAAUGGUAGGAAAAGAUUUAUCAAAAAACAACUGGGUGGUCAGCUAUCCUUCCAAGUUAGGAGAGGACUGUACUUCAGAAGUCAAAAAACAACUAGCCCUCUUCCUUGCGACGAAGUACAUGAUCGACCAAGCGUCUCAGCACUGCGUUCCUUUGGAAACUAAUCUCUUUCACCCUGGUUGGGAUCCCUUAGAGUGUAAAAAGCACUUUGACAAAUCAACAUUUGAAACGUAAUUAGUAUUGCGGAAGAGCCUCGAUUCCAAGGCCCUGCUACACUCUCAGGAUACGUGGAUAAACCUCUACUCUCUGUGUUACAAUCUACAACUGUUUUUUUUUCUUGUCUGAAGACAGUAUUUAUUUCUUACAAAGUCUGGUUGUAACUUCAUUUACAAAAGCGUCGUAUUUGCGACGCGACCACUUAAAAAACGGUACAAUAAUUUACAGUUAAAUAUUUUCAAGGAUUGAAACAGUGAUAGUAUUUUUCUUUGUACUACAGUAAACAAUAUUCGCAAAGCAUUCGUGGUGAUUUGCCUUUGAGAAAUUCGUGUAACUACAAGAAAUUCUCGAGAAGCAAACACAGCAUUUAAUAAUAGUCUAGCAAUGUUUUCACCUCAUGCACUGUGUGAAAUCAUUGAGUGAAAUUUACGACUAGCCUUCGGGGUAUAUUUUAGUGAUAUAAAGAGAGUGAAAUUAUUCUGUAUACAAGUGAAUAUUUAAUAUCAAAAGUAGUCUUAAUUUUCUUCUUGUAGUGGAAACAAUCAUUACAUUCGAUAAGCCACGGUAUUUAUUUGAAUAUAUGUAUGCGGUCGUUACAUACAUUAAGUUUUGCAAAAAUUUGUUACAAAUAAAUAGAUACAUCCAAUAA